UAAAUACGGCGUCUCGCGGUGCUCACCGCCCGGCGUCGCUAGGAGGAGCGCACGGGAGCUGGCGCAGCUGACGGAGCGUGCUAGGAUUCCAGAAUCAGAGAAGGCGGCGCCAUGAAGACUCUGCUGCUGUGUGUGGGGCUGCUGCUGACCUGGGGCGACGGACAGGUCCUGGGAGAGCCGCUGGUCUCCAACCAGGAGCUCCAGGAGAUGUCCACCCAGGGGAGUAAGUACAUUAAUAAGGAAAUCCAAAAUGCUGUCAAGGGGGUGAAGGAGAUAAAGUCUCUGAUAGAGAAAACAAAUGAGGAACGCAAGUCGCUGCUUGACACCUUAGAGGAGGCCAAGAAGAAGAAAGAGGAUGCCCUGGAUGAGACCAGGGACUCUGAAAUGAAGCUGAAGGCAAUCCCGGGAGUGUGCAACGAGACCAUGAUGGCCCUCUGGGAAGAGUGUAAGCCCUGCCUGAAGCAGACCUGCAUGAAGUUCUACGCACGCGUGUGCAGAAGCGGCUCGGGCUUAGUUGGCCACCAGCUGGAGGAGUUCCUGAACCAGAGCUCGCCCUUCUACAUCUGGAUGAACGGCGACCGCAUCGACUCCCUGCUGGAGAGCGACCGUAAGCAGAACCACAUCCUGGAUGCCAUGCAGGACAGCUUCACCAGGUCCUCCGGGAUCAUGGACACGCUGUUCCAGGACAGCUUCUUCACCCACGAGCCCCAGGACACCCGCUACUUCUCGCCCUUCGGCUUCCCGCACAGGAGGCCCCACUUCCUCUAUCACAAGUCCCGCCUCGCCCGCAGCAUCUUGCCUCUCUCCCCCUACGGGCAUCUGGGCUUCCAGGACCUGUUCCAGCCCUUCUUCGAAAUGAUACACCAGGCUCAACAGGCCAUGGACGCCCCGUUCCACGGCCUAGGCUCCCAGUCCCCGAGCGUGGACUUCAUAAGAGAAGGUGAGGAUGACCAGAAGGCCGUGUGCAAGGAGAUCCGCCACAACUCCACAGGAUGCCUGAAGAUGAAGGACCGGUGUGACAAGUGYCAGGAGAUCUUGUCUGUGGACUGCUCCACCAACAACCCCGCCCAGGCUCAGCUGCGGCAGGAGCUCAACGACUCCCUCCAGAUCGCUGAGAGGUUGACCCAGAGGUACAACGAGCUGCUGCGUUCCUACCAGCGCAAGAUGUUCAACACCUCCUCCCUGCUGGAGCAGCUCAACGACCAGUUCAGCUGGCUGUCCCAACUGGCCAAUCUCACCCAGAGCGAAGACCAGGCCUAUCUCCGGGUCUCCACCGUGACCUCCCACAUUUCCGACUCAGAAGCCCCCUCCCGUGUCACGGAGGUGGUUGUGAAGCUCUUCGACUCAGACCCCAUCACUGUGGUAAUCCCAGAGGUCCCCAAAGACAACCCUAAAUUUAUGGACACUGUGGCAGAGAAAGCAUUGCAGGAAUACCGCAAGAAGAGCCGAGAGGAGUGAAUGUGAGGGUUGCUUUUCCAUAAACAGAGGCAUCUGAGUGCAGCUCCCCUGAGACGAACCRCAGCCCCCCAGAGAGCUCUGCAUGUCUCUCCGUGACURGGCCCCAGUCCCGCCGGCCUCUCCAGGAUUUUAUGCUCUAAUGCCUGUAUUUGCUGCUUGUGGGAAGAGCUGCUUCCGCAUGCAACUAAUUCAAUAAAGCUGCCUUGUGACCUGA